UUCUUUCAUUUAACAAUGUUUUAUUGUUGUUUAUGUACGUCUUCUUAUACUAAAAUUGACCUUCUUAUUAAUCAUUUAUCACAUAUACAUAAAUAUUCUUCCAACCGAUUUGUUUGUAAACAAAAUAGUUGUUAUCGAGAAUUUCAUAAAUUAAGUAAGUUUAAAAAACAUUUAUUAAGUAAGCAUGCUAUUAAUCAGAAUAUUAGUGCAUCUCUUCAACAUAAAUUUAAUUUGGAAAACACAGAUUUAAAUAUUGAAAACGUACACACUCAAGAUACUGAUAAUUACCAUGAUGUAAAACGCGACAUUGAUAAUGGAAGCAUCGUAAUUAGUCAUAUAAAGGAUCAGUUAAAAGAAUCAGUGUCUUCUUUUAUUUCAACUUUUUAUAAUGACAAAACUAUACAUAAUCGUAAUAUUCAAAAAAUAAUAGAUAUAACAAAAGAAUUUAUAGAAGAUGAUAUAAUUUUAAGUCUAAAGAAAAAUGUAAAAAAAGUACUAGAACAAUCAAAUAUCGAUAAUCGCAAAAUAAUUUUAAAUAUAGAAAAAAUAUUUCAUGCAUAUGAAAACCCUUUCCAUGGUUUAGAAUCAGAAUAUAAAAGACUUCAGUUUUUCAAAAAUAGAGGUAGUUUCAUAGAAGCUGAAUCUUAUGUAAUCGGUACAAGAAACAUUCGUAAACGACAUAAAGGACAAUUUUCACUUACACCUGUGAAUGCGAUUGGUCAAUAUGUUUCAAUUAAAAAAGUAUUAAAUGGAUUGUUCAAUAUUCCAGGAUUUUUAACAACAAUAUUAAAUUAUAUGCACAUUUUGUCUGAAAAAAGUAAUGUAAUUCAUAAUGUUAUUCAAAGUGAAGUAUACAAAUGCUUGUUGAGACAGUUUCCAGCUGAUUCUAUAGUACUACCUCUUACUCUAUUUUAUGACGCUUUUGAAACACAGAAUCCUUUAGGUGGACAUGCAGGCAAUCAGAAAAUGGGCGCAACUUACUUUUCUUUGCCUUGUAUUCCACCACAAUUUUCUUCAAAAUUAGACAAUAUUUUUCUCACUUUAUUAUGUAACGAAAACGAUAGAAAAAAAUUUGGAAACAAAAGUGCUUUCUUACCACUUAUAAAAGAAUUGAAGUAUUUAGAAAAAAAUCCUGUAUUCAGAACUAGUGAUAACAAGGAUAUCUACGUUUGUCUUACGUUGAUUACAGGUGACAAUCUCGGAAUACAUGAGAUUUGCGGUUUUGUAGAAAGUUUUGUUGCUAAUUUUCCAUGUCAUGUCUGUAAAAUGUCGCGUGAUUUAUUACGAGAAACGACUACUGAAAUCGAUGCCCUUUUACGAACAAAAACAAAUUACGAAAUAGAUGUAAGAUUAGGAGACGUAUCAAAGACAGGAAUAAACGAAAAAUGCAUUUUCAAUUGUUUACAAAAUUUCAAUUUAUUCGAUAAUCUUGCAUUCGAUAUUAUGCAUGAUAUCUUUGAGGGUAUAUGUCAAUAUAAUUUGUCUCAGUUACUCUUACAUUACAUAUAUGAAGCUAAACUUUUUACGCUUGACGAACUAAAUAAUCGAUUACAUAUAUUUGAUUUUGGCCUCGAAGAUGGAGUAAACCGUCCACCUUCUUUAAAAAAAGAAAAGUUAAAAAGAUAUCGUUUGGGUUUCUCUGCGUCCGAGACAAUUUAUUUUGUAAAGUACUUUGGAUUGCUAAUUGGUGAUUUGAUAUCGGAGAAUGAUAAAUAUUGGGAUUUAUAUGUAUCUUUAAGAGCUAUUAUCGAUAUACUCAUGGCACGAUCAGUAACAACUGCAGACAUUGAAUAUUUAAACAUUUUGAUUACAGAACAUUUAGAGAUUUAUAUCAAUUUAUUUGGAAAAACUUUGAAAGUAAAGUAUCAUAACAUGCUUCAUUAUCAUCGAGCUAUAAGGAAAUUUGGACCAUUAAUUAACAUCUGGUGUAUGCGUUUUGAAGCUAAUCACCAAAAGCUCAAAGC